AUGAGUUACCUACAGAGUUUUGAUACUAUGGCGAACAGUCCGUCAUCCUCCGAAGAGACCUCUGCUUUUGAGACCGGUGAUAACCUUGAGGAAAACGCUACACAAAAUAGCCAAAUUUCUUCAGUUGAAGAACAACAACCACGUGCUGCUUCUAGAAAGGAGAAGGAAAAAGGUGAAAGCAAUGAAAUGAUUUUCAAAACACCUGUCGAAGGAGCAAAGACGAAGGUGACACCACAUGAGAUGCAACAGCAAAUAUUUAUGAAAAGUUGCACGGACGCAUUGAAAAACUGUGAUGAAGAAUCAGAAAGUACAGCUUUCGGCAAAUUUGUUGCCACAAAACAUAGAAAGUUGAAUGAGAGUCAACGGAUGUACGCUGAAACCCUGAUUACAAAAAUAUUACAUAAAGCUGCUCUAAAUCAAUUAACUGAAGACACUAGUAUUUUCGACCUUCAGUCUCAAAAUCGAAAUACUUUUUCUUCGCCCAGUUUGCUAUCAUCAAUAACAUCUUCACCAGCACCAUCACCUGGAACAUCAGGAGCAGCCGCAAAAUGCAGGACAGUUGGUGUCAGAUUUUUCAACGUAUUUUAACAUAUAAAAUAACUGAUAUAAGCUUGAAUUAAAAAAAAUAUUCUAAACUUACCUUCAAGUAAUCCUUAUGUAAUACCUCAUAUAGAGCCUUGC